CCGCUCGCUGUCACAUUCCUGCCGCCUGAGUCAGGCCCGGAGGCGGCGGCGGCACCAGGAAGCGCCGGGCCCGGGCCAUGUAACCGAGCCGAGCCGAGCAGAUCCCGGCCCGGCGCGGCCAUGGGGGACGGGGCGGAGGAGGAGACGGUGGAGCUGCCGCUCACUGACGCAAACCUGACUGGCCAUGAAGAGAAAGUUGGCAUGGAAAACUUCGAAUUACUUAAGGUGCUGGGGACUGGAGCAUACGGAAAAGUGUUCCUGGUGCGCAAGAUGACUGGCCAUGACGUGGGGAAGCUGUAUGCCAUGAAAGUGCUGCGCAAGGCGGCCAUUGUGCAGAAGGCCAAGACCACAGAGCACACACGCACUGAGCGGGCUGUGCUGGAGCAUGUGCGGGCAUCGCCCUUCUUAGUGACCCUGCACUAUGCCUUCCAGACUGGCUCCAAGCUGCACCUCAUCCUGGACUAUGUGAGUGGUGGGGAGCUCUUCACCCAUCUGUACCAGCGCGAUCAUUUCAAGGAAGAGGAGGUGCGGAUCUACGCCGGGGAGAUCGUGCUGGCCCUGGAGCAUCUGCACAAGCUGGGCAUCAUCUAUCGGGAUGUGAAGCUGGAGAACAUCCUGCUGGACAGCGAAGGGCACGUGGUGCUCACUGACUUUGGCCUCAGCAAGGAGUUCCUCACUGAGGAGAAAGAUCGCACCUUCUCCUUCUGUGGCACCAUCGAGUACAUGGCCCCUGAGAUCAUCCGCAGCAAGUCAGGGCAUGGGAAGUCCGUCGACUGGUGGAGCCUGGGGAUUCUGAUGUUUGAGCUGCUGACAGGGGCCUCGCCAUUUACACUGGAGGGGGAGAAGAACACACAGGCCGAAGUGUCCAAACGCAUCCUCAAAUGCCAGCCCCCAUUCCCCACUGUCAUCGGCCCCGUGGCCCGCGACCUGCUGCAGAAGCUGCUGUGCAAGGACCCCAAGAAACGCCUGGGCUCGGGGCCCAAUGGGGCACAGGACAUCAAGGCGCACCCCUUCUUCAAGGGCCUGGACUGGGUGGAAUUGGCCGCGCGGCGGGUGAAGGCUCCGUUCAAACCCAUCGUCCGCAGCGAGCUGGACGUGCGCAACUUUGCCGAGGAGUUCACUCGCCUGGAGCCCGUGUACUCGCCCGCUGGGACCCCCCCGAACCUGGACCGCGUCUUCCAGGGCUACUCCUUCAUCGCUCCCUCCAUCCUGUUCAACCACAACGCCGUCACCACGGAUGUGCUGGAGCUGGCACUGAGCGGGGAGCGCCCAGGCAGUGCUGCUGUGGCGCGCAGCGCCAUGAUGAAGGACUCUUCAUUCUUCCAGCUCUAUGACAUGGACCUGAAGGAAGCAGCGCUGGGCGAGGGCAGCUUCUCGGUGUGUCGCCGAUGUCAGCAGCGCCAGGGUGGCACCGAAUUCGCCGUCAAGAUCAUCAGCAAGAGGAUGGAGGUGAACACCCAGAGAGAGGUGAUGGCUUUGCAGCUGUGUGAGUCUCACCCCAACAUCGUCAAACUACACGAGGUGCAUCAUGACCAGUACCACACGUACCUGGUGAUGGAGCUGCUGCGAGGGGGUGAGCUCCUUGACCGCAUCAAGAAGAAGCAGCAUUUCAGCGAGUCGGAGGCCAGUCAGAUCAUGCGCAGCCUGGUGUCAGCUGUCAGCUUCAUGCACGACGUUGGGGUGGUGCACCGGGACCUCAAACCUGAGAACAUCCUAUAUGCUGACGAGACAGAGGGUGCCCCAGUGAAAGUGAUUGACUUCGGCUUUGCCCGCCUGCGCCCCUCGGGCUCACAGCCCAUGCAGACACCUUGCUUCACGCUGCAAUAUGCCGCCCCUGAGCUGUUCACCGACGAGGGCUAUGAUGAGUCCUGCGACCUCUGGAGCCUCGGUGUCAUCCUGUACACCAUGCUGUCCGGACAGGUGCCUUUCCAGAGCAGCCAGGAGGGUGGCGCGCUGACCCAUGCGGCUGAGAUCAUGCACAAGAUCAAGGAGGGGCAGUUCUCACUGGAGGGCGAGGCCUGGAGGGGGGUCUCCGAAGAGGCCAAAGAGCUAGUCAGAGGGCUGCUGACCGUGGACCCUUCCAAGCGGCUGAAGAUGUCGACUUUGCGCUACAGCGAGUGGCUGCAGGAUGGCAGCGCCCUCUCCUCCACCCCGCUUAUGACCCCCGACAUCCUGGAGUCCUCAGGGCCUGCUGUGCGCUCAGGGGUCAAUGCCGCCUUCAUGGCCUUCAACAAGGGCAAGCGCGAGGGCUUCUUCCUGAAGAGCGUGGAGAACGCCCCCCUGGCCAAGCGCCGCAAGCUGAAGAUGUCAAGCACGGGGGCAGAGGCCCGGCGGAGCUCCUCCUCCUCCUCCUCCUCUGGCUCCUCCUCAGCCCUCCCUGCCCGGCCACCCCGCCCCAAACCACCUGGCCGCCGCCACAACCCCCCCUCGUAGCGCCUGUGGGUUGGGGGGGGGCUAUUUAUUGUCUCUGUUGCUUGUGGGGGAGAAUGUGGGUGGGUAUCUCAUUUGGGAUUUUUUAGGGGGAGGGUAAGCCUCUUUUGGGGGCAUUCUGCCCCCCUCAUGUGGACAUGUUUUUUCAUUCAUUUUGGUUUUGUUUUUUUCAUUUAAACCUGGAGGUUGCCCUGUGUAUGUCUGGGGGCCAUAGCGGGUUGUCUCAGUGUGACAGAAAUGUGAAGUCUCCUGGAGCUAAAGUGGGGGUGGUCUUUGGGUUGACAAGUAAGUGGGGCAGCCCUGCGGUGAUUAUGGGUGGUGGUUUGUGGGACAGGUGUGGGGGCCAUAGGGCAAGGAACAUCCACCCCAGACUGUGGAGUUGUUCUAAGAGAUACCCCCCUUGGCUUCCAGGUCAGACUAGGGUCCAUCUCUGCCACCGACAGUUCAGGGUUGCCCCACCGCACCCCAUGGAAGUCUGUACCACUGUUGCAGGGGAAGGGAAAGCUGUUCCCUACAGGGGAUGGCGAUCCUGUGAAUACUGCCACCACCACCACUUAAGAUCUGAGGGCAGGUCCCUUCAGCCAGGCUCUGGGGCCGGAAUGAGGAGUGAAGGUCAGACCGGUAGGGUCACCUUAGCCCAGCCAAAGAGGGGUGGGGUGGGGUGGGGUGGGGUGCUGGAUCGAUAUUUUAUUUCUUUUAAUCCUUUUAUUUUUGGCGGGAUGGCAGGCAAGCAGCAUAGGGCACCAUCUCCCCUCAGGGCUGUAUGCUGGGGGAGGGCCCCAGCACAAGGGGCCAGAUCCAGCUGAUGGCCCAAAUCUCCCAGGGCCAUUGCUAAUCUGAUACCCCUGCUGUGGGGGAAUGGGGCAGGACCCCCGUUGAGCACUGGAGCACAUGGGAGGGAGGUGAACAGUACCCCACAUUUAGUCCUUGCAAGGGAGGGGCUAGAAUUGCACCCCCUCGAUAAGAUUGGAGUGGGGGGGGGAAGGGAAGGGAAGAGGUUUUUUUUAUUGAGACAGAAAUUUCUAUCUAUUUUUAAACUAAAAAUGUUGGGGUGGGUGCUUGGGGUGGUCUCAGAGUACAGCCCCCACCCUCCCCAGCUGGGAGUGAAGCUAAAGCAAGCUACCACCCAAGCAAAUUAAACCCCCGCCUGUCCCUUCAGAGCAAGCCAGGUGAAGGGGAAGCAUGGGCAGAAAAAGCUUACCGGGGUGGGGCCUGAAUCAGUCACUUUAAGGGGUGUUUGUGCAAUUGGCUCCUCCAAAGAUUGUGGGGGGUGGGGGAAGGAGGACAGGUCCCGGGGGAGUCAGAGGCCAGAAUGAGGGAGAGGGGGCUUGGGGUCAUCCCACUUCCUGGGUGCUGCCAUCUUGUGUGUUCCUCUCCCCGCCCCCUUUAGGUGUGCGGGAAGGGCUGGCUCGUGUCUGUUCCUGCAGCUGCCCUUUCCCGCCCCCCAGCUCUCCGCCCUAGUCGGGGUUGGGUAGGAGCAGGGGCUCUCUGAGCAGCCCCCCGCAGCUCCCCGGUUUCUGUCCCUUGGGAGCAGC